UCUCUGUAUAACAGUGUAGCUGUCUUUGGUGCCUUGCUCUGUUUGGUGCUUCAGAGUAGAAGGUUAAAAUGCACAUGAUAACGAGAAGCUGCGUCCUACUGCUGUGGUCGCAAUUAAUGACUUCUGUAAAAUGCCAAGACUGUACACGUGAACAGUUUAUUAACAGCCGUCACUUUGAUCAAAAUUUUGACAUAAGUGGUUUGGAUGCCACUUAUGGCGGAGGAAAACAAGUCAGAGUUCCCUGCAAUGUUGGGUAUAGUGGCUUUUUCAAGAUGAUCUGUAGUGAGGGGACCUGGAAGUCUUCUAGCCCUAAAUGUGAACCGAAAUCCUGCGGACAUCCUGGAGAUGCACAAUUUGCAGAUUUCCGACUUGAGGUCGGAGACGAUUAUGUGUUUGGAUCUCAAAUUGUUUACGAGUGCAACCCAGGUUAUCAGAUGGUGAGUCGGUCAAGCCGCAGGCGCUGUUUGGCAGAAGGCUGGGAUGGCAAGAUUCCAGUGUGUGAAGCCACGAAAUGUCCAGUCGUUCAUGCAGACAAUAACGUACAGAUUUUAGGGGGUGCAGAAGAAGCCACCUCUGGCAAUGUUGUUCGGUUUAGCUGCAAGUCAAGUGCUGAAAUCUUGUAUGGGUCACAAGAGAUUUAUUGCAAGGAUGAUGGAGAGUGGAGUGGCCAGCCUCCAAAAUGCAAAGCAAUAAGAUGUUCCGUCCCUCAGAUUGAACAUGGCCGUGUGCUUGGUGCCGCUCAGGAGUACAAAGAACAAGAAAUCUUAGAUUUUAGAUGUGAUCAUUCUUAUAAACGGGCUGAUGAGAGAACUCCAAGAUGCACAAAAUUUGCAGGAAAAGCAGACUGGAGUCCCACACCUGCAUGUAAAGUAAUUAAAUGUGAACUGAAUCUGGCAUCAAUCCCUGGGACAACCCACGACCCUCCAUACAAAAACAUGUUUUUACCUGGAGAAACAGUGAGAGUCACAUGUGGGGAGAAUCACUGGAUUCUGGACACGCAAACAACGGUGGCUGAUGUUACAUGUGGAAUCAAUGGAGACUGGAAUACGGAUCCGAUAUGCCAAGAGGUUACAUGCCCACGAUACAUACAAGAAGCACAUUUGUAUCGUUCUGUUAACGCUUGGGGCAAAAACAAAUUAGGUGACAGAGUAUGGUAUGACUGUAACUACAACUACGAUCCUGCAAGUUCAGACAGAACAGCGACGUGUACCAGAGACGGAUGGACACCGAAACCACUUUGUCGUGGGAGACAGUGUGAAAACCCCAACAUUGAAAACGCCAUAAUUACCAGCAGUAGUAGAGAAACUUACUCCAACAAUCACCGACUCACAUACCAAUGUUUGAGAGGGAAUCAGGAAUCUGUUACCAUCACCUGUAAUCGAGGAGUCUGGGAAGGGAUAAAGCAAUGUCCAGAUGUGGCACUUUGCCAGAAACCUGAAAUUAGAAAUGGAUUUGCAGUUGAACCCAGUACAGGCACAAUUUACUACGCCUGUAAUGAACAUUUCAAACUUCCUACCAAAAGCUGGUGGGGUCAUGCCAAAUGUGAAGGCGGUGUGUUUGGCGAACUUCAUCCAUGUAUAGCAAAGACAUUGUGUGGAGAGGCUCCUGUAAUUUCCAAUGGAAAAGUGACAGUGACAGUUUCAAGGACACGUGCUACAAUUGAAUGCAAUAAAGGAUACACUGGAGAGAUUGCUGAACUAACUUGUGUAAAUGGAAGAUGGAAUUAUCAUGAGUUUACUCCAAGAACGAUCUGCCGUGCAACUGCUGAACACUGUGGCCCACCACCCAAAGUUGAGAAUGCAAUUGUCACCAUUUUAUACCAGAAGGAAUACUUGGAUGGCUCCUCUGUGACUUAUCAGUGCCGUGACAAGUAUAUGAUGGAGGAACAAGCCACCAUUACAUGCAGAGCUGGAAAAUGGGAAACAAGAAACAUCACAUGUGUCCCUUUUUGUGAGCAGUUCAGUGACCCCCGACUGACAGUGAGAGCAGACAUGAUUAAUGAAAGAUACUUGGCAGGAGAAGUGGUCCAAUAUGCCUGCACUGCGCCUGGUGCCAAUGCAGAAGGCAACGCAACAUGUGAGAAUGGCAAGUGGAAAACAUCUGAAAAAUGUCCAGGCAUUCCUUGUGAAGUUUACCCAUUGAGUGACGGACUGAGACGUUUUGGAAGCCCAUCCCGAAAUAAUCUAGUGAAUCCUGGAGAUAAAUUAAGUUUUUUUUGUGAAGAUGAGUAUGAUAUGGAGGGUUCUGAUGAAGUUCAGUGCUUAGACACGGGGAAGUGGGAUGCCCCGUUUCCAACCUGCUCUGAAAAAUGCAGAAUACCAGACAUACCCAGUACUGUUCGCAUCACUUCAUCUGUACAAGGCAAUGCUAUAAGUAAAGGAGAUACAUUGUCAUUUGACUGUCGUCAACAAGACCACGUCAUGCAAGGGAGUUCAACAAGUAGCUGUUUGGGAAACGGAAAGUGGAGCUCUCCACCGCCUGAGUGCACAACUGCUGCACAUUGUUCAGCACCACCAACUCUUGAAAAUGGAGAUACCAAAUUAUUCAUCAGAUCAGAUGCAGUUCAUCAAAUUGGUGACAGAGUUGAAUAUAUCUGUCAGAAUAAGUACAUUAUGGAUGGUGACCCAUUUAAAACCUGCGACAAAGGUGUAUGGAAAGGAAACAUGAGAUGCCUGAAACCCUGCACUGUGAACGAGGAAUUAUUGAGUACACAUGGUAUUUACUUUAAAGUUGGUGUUGAAACUAAGAUGUAUGCACCACAUCUGGAUCAUCUCACAUUUCUUUGUAUGAGGGGUAAAAGACGUGUUGGCUCUGUGCCGAUGCGUGUUCAGUGUCAUGAUGGUCAGAUGACCCUGCCUACCUGCGAUUCCUCAGAAAACAUCAAGUCAACACAGGCAAUGAAGCCUCUGUGGUUUAUGUUCCUGGUUCUCCAGGCGUUUGUAAGUGUGGAAUUUUCCUGGUCACAGAACGUGAACACUUGUGAAAUUGGUGUACUGGAUCCUAAUCUGUAUAUAUCUGGACUAACACCGACUUGUGGAACGAUGAAACCUGGACACAAGCUGCGUUUUCUCUGUGGUCCUGAUUAUCAGCUGGACGGCUCAAAGGAAAUUGAAUGCUUACCAACCGGCCAAUGGAAUGCUUCCUUCCCAUCAUGCUCUGAGAAAUGCAGAAUACCAGACAUACCCAGUACUGUUCGCAUCACUUCAUCUGUACAAGGCAAUGCUAUAAGUAAAGGAGAUACAUUGUCAUUUGACUGUCGUCAACAAGACCACGUCAUGCAAGGGAGUUCAACAAGUAGCUGUUUGGGAAACGGAAAGUGGAGCACUCCACCGCCUGAGUGCACAAUAAUUCCCUACAUGGAGCAAAAAAAGAAACGAGGCCAAAAGAAAUUUCCAAACAAAGUUCUGGGUCAGGACCAAGUCUAUCUAUCCGCAGCUGCUGCACAUUGUUCAGCACCACCAACUCUUGAAAAUGGAGAUACCAAAUUAUUCAUCAGAUCAGAUGCAAUUCAUCAAAUUGGUGACAGAGUUGAAUAUAUCUGUCAGAAUAAGUACAUUAUGGAUGGUGACCCAUUCAAAACCUGCGACAAAGGUGUAUGGAAAGGAAACAUGAGAUGCCUGAAACCCUGCACUGUGAACGAGGAAUUAUUGAGUACACAUGGUAUUUACUUUAAAGUUGGUGUUGAAACUAAGAUGUAUGCGCCACAUAUGGAUCAUCUCACAUUUCUUUGUGUGAGGGGUAAAAGACGUGUUGGCUCUGUGCCGAUGCGUGUUCUGUGUAAUGAUGGUCAGAUGACCCUGCCUACCUGCGAGUAAAAGUUUUCAGUGAGCAAGAUGUAGACAUGUAAUCACAAAAAUAUGUAAACUACUAUGGAACGUCAGAAUGCUGAAAAAUAAACAAAUAAAUACUACAUUGUAAAACAAGAAACUGCAUUAAUAAAUAAUGGAUAAAAAUAUGACAAUGAAAUUGUAAAAUAACUGAAAGAAUAUUAAAUUCUAUGCUCAUUAUUGUGAAAUAUUAUUCAUUCUUCUUUUAAUAUGUGCUUAUUCAAAUAAAACAUUUCACUGUGAUUUUUACCCCAAUAGAA